AGGACGGUGCCAGCGUCCACGAUGUCAUCGGCACCCGCUGUGACCCCUAUUCCAACCACCUGCUGAAAGGUGAGGAUUACGACCAUUGCUGCCAUUCCAACUUGAUUCGCGCGCUGGCAGAGCAUGGUGUCUCUGAAGCGGAGAAACACGUCCACGAUGUGCUGAAUGUCUUCAUGUGUACAGGCUUCACCAAGGACACACAUCAGUACUUCAUGAAAGCGAGCCCUGUGCGUCCGGGCGACUACUUGGAGUUCUUCGCCGAAGUGGACUUGCUGGGCGCGUUGAGCGCCUGCCCCGGUGGCGACACGUCCUGCGGGCAUUCGGAUGACACGGCGAAGUGCUAUCCGCUGAGGGUGGAAGUCUAUGAGCCCAACGAGGCUCUACAAAAAGCGUGGCGGAGUCCGUCGGUGAAUGGCUAUGCUGGGAAGCAUGGCAAAGCCGUGCGCGACCAUCUUUAGCCAUGCGAAGCCGUGCGAAGUUUCUGAGAUUUCUCAGAUUUCACCGGUGAUUUUCUAACCGUCGAUGUUCGUUCGAAUUGAGAUUUACCC